AUGUUUUUAACGACAUCUUUCGCCACAUCCUUUCCUCAUUUGAAAUGUUCUUCUUCAAGAAAGUCAUUAAACUUUUAGCCUCCAAACAGGAAUGAUCAUGCUUAUCAGUCUGGUUUGCAGACGCCCUUAUCUCCCCUUUAUCUGGAUAUCUUGGAGACAGGAUCAACCUGUCUUUUCUGGAAAGGAAAAUCGGUGCCUGAACCACGUGGCACCUUUUGGCAAAGAACUUAACUGCGAUCAGCGUCCCCCCCACUGUUUAACUAUUGCUUCCUGA